AUGCCGCACCAGGCUCAACAGCAAUACCUCAUCAUCAUCCUCCUCAAGAUCAGCCUCGGCCUCAACAUUAUCAUUGCUGCCGUCUACGAUAUUACCAACCUCUGCCAUCAAUAUCAGCAACAGAUCAUCCACCAAAGCGACGAAUAUGACAUUCUCCUACUCCAAACACUAUUGGCUGUUGGUCCAAAUGACAUUCUUGCUCGCCAUGUUGACGGUCAUGGUUCUCAGCAACAGGCAAUUGCCGAAUCCAUAGCAGCCUCCGCUUCCAAAGAAUUCAAUACCUAUCACAACAGCGCGGCCAUUUGCGUCAUUCAAAAGGGUGCUUUGCGAUACAUCGAUGAAUGGGUCUAUUACAAUCUACUCGGAAUAGGCUUUGAUCACAUUUACUUUUAUGACAAUUCGGAUGAUUUUGAGUUGCAAG